GGGCGGCGGAAGAGGAAGUUGGCGGAGACGCCAUGGCGGGAGGGAUGAAAGCGGUCCCGGGGCAGCGGCGGCUCCUGGGCGCGCUGCUGCUGCUCCUUCUGCCGCUUCCGCUAGGCGGUGCAGGUGCGCGGCGUGGUGUUAUACGGGGUCUUCACGGGCAGCGAGCAACGUCCCCACGGGGCUCUGGAUGGCGUCGCAGGCCCGGCCAUGCGCAGCGCUCCGGGCCCGAGGGGCCUCGUGUGGGCCUGGGGGGGCCUCGCGUUGGGCUGAGGGGGCUCUGGUGUGGAGCUGAGGGGAGCGGGACGGCCGUGGGGAGACGCAGCGCGUCCCGGCUCUGUGCUGUGAAGAUGUUAAGGAGAAGGUGACCGCUCUGCAGGAGGGCUCUGCGUGCUGCUGCGCCGCCUCGCACCACUUCUGCUACACCAACGUGCACAGCCCGUGCUGGAGGGACAUCUGGACCAGGAUGCAGAUCCAGGUGAACAGCGACCGCGUGAUCCGCGUCACCCAGGUGGGCAGCGAGGAGGAGCUGAGGGAGUUGGAGGAGUCCAAGGUGUGGAACUUCCUCUCCUCCCUGCUGAAGGAGAAACUGAACAGCACCAACAUCGACGUGGAUCUCUACAGCAACAAAACCUGCCUGAAGGUUGAGCUGCUGGAGGACGGCACCAAAUACUGCAUCGUGCUGUCCCGCUGGUUCGACCCUAAAUUGUUCCUGGUUUUCUUCCUGGGCCUGCUGUUGUUCUUCUGUGGGGACAUGCUGAGCAGGAGCCAGCUCUUCUUCUACUCAGCUGGGAUAAGCAUUGGUUUGCUGGCCUCACUGCUCAUCCUCAUCUACGUGAUGUCCAAGGCCAUGCCCAAGAAAAGUCCUGUUUACUUCCUGCUGGUAGGAGGCUGGUCCUUUUCCCUGUACCUGCUUCAGCUGGUCUUCAAGAACCUGCGGGAGAUAUGCAAGUCCUACUGGCAGUACCUGCUAGGCUACCUGCUGCUCAUGGGCUUUGUGAGCUUUGGAGUGUGCUACAGGUACGGCCCGCUGGAGAACGAGCGCAGCAUCAACCUGCUCUCCUGGGCCCUGCAGCUCCUGGGCCUCGCGCUGAUGUAUUUGGGCAUCCAGAUCCGCCCCAUCGCCCUGGCCUUGGUGGUCAUCGCUGUCUGCACCAAGAACAUGGACUACCCCCUGCAGUGGGUCUAUGGUGUCUACAAGAGAGUACAGAGUGCCCGGCUGGGGCCGAGCCCCCCUCGCCUGCUGACCGAAGAGGAAUACCGCAUCCAGGGUGAGGUGGAGACACGCAAAGCCCUCGAGGAGCUUCGAAACUACUGCAGAAGCCCAGAUUUCUCUGCCUGGACUGCAGUGUCCCGCAUCCAAUCUCCCAAAAGGUUUGCUGAGUUUGUGGGUGGUGCCUCCCACCUCACUGCCAGCGAAGUGUCCUUCCAUGAGCAGGAAUACGGCCUGGGCGGGGUGUUCCUCGAGGAGCAGCUCUUUGAGGAGGACGAGGAGGAAGACUUUCUCCACGAAGAGACGGCCCGAGCUGCUCGUGGUCCCACAACCCUCCUGACUGCUGAUUGAGGUCAGCUGCCCCACACCCACGAGGGCGAGCAGCAGAACUGCUGUGGUUCCCUGCUUCCCUGACACCCACAGUGCCCAAAACCUUCUGUACAGGGCUGAGUUGGUGUUGUUGUGCCCAGCACCUCCGAUUCCGCCCCAAGGUGGGCUGCUGCAAGCCUGGCUCUGCCGCAGAGCUGCUAAGAGGAUGAAGGGAGCUGACUCUUCCCAGGGCUGCUCCUGCCCAGCUGAGGCACAAAAGCUUUUAUCAGUGCAGCUCUCGUUGGCAGAAGGGUGCAGGGAGCUGACCCUGGUGGGGACACCGAGAUCUGCGCUGCUGAUGUGGCACACUGGUCCUGACUGGAGGCGGACUGGAGCCAUCCGGGCUCUUGGUGCAUUUGCUUGUGGUGCACACAUUAUAGGGGCUUUGUGUGGGGCACGCUGAGCCCUGUGCCCCAUUGCUGCUGCCAUGGGGGGGCAGGAGGAGCCCCUCUGCUCUGCUCUGGGUCCGCACGCCCUCUCUCUGCCAAAGGCGUCUCUGCCUUUCAGGGUGUGGAUGGAGCAAAAGGUCCAUCUCGCAUGCAUGUCCCCACGGGGAUGACACGUUCAUAAAGGGGAACUUUGGACCUCUCCUGACAGUACCUGCGUGCUCAGCACCUGCUUGCUGCCGGGCUGCUCCUCCUCGUGCUGCUGCUCACCAAAGGUGCCAGAGGGCUCCAGCUGUGACUCUGCCUUGUUUUAAUACCAAAAAAACUCCCUGUGCUUCAUAGGCAGAGAUGCAGCUCCGGGGACCCCUCUGGUUCACUGCAGAGCUCAAGGAACAUUUGUGAAGGUGCCCCUAAGUGCCUGUGAUACGGGUCCUGCUCCCAGCGUGUGGGAGCUGCUGCUGCUCUCUGCUUUCAGCCCUCUGGCCCCGGGGGCUGCCCCACCGUGCAGGGUGGGAGCUUUGCUGCUGCCUCUCUGGCAGUCAGGACAGUACAAGCUUUGACAAAGCGCGAGCAUAGAGGAAACGCCCCCCGAUCUAUGCAACGUUUUAGCAAUAAACCUGCCCUGCUGUAGCCUUACUGCCCUCCUGCUGCUGCCUCAAUGCCCCUCGCUUGUGCUGCUGCCCCAGGGUUUGCUGUCCAUGUGUUUCUGGCCCAGGUUUUCUUCCCCUUCCCCGCCGCUUUGGUGCCAGCAACUUCUAUAGCUGCACUCCCCCCUUCCCCCCCAUCCGUUUCACGUGGCUAACGCAGAGUGAAGAUGAUUGUAUUUUUUAAUAAAGGUGUAUUUUCAUGA